AUUAAAAAAAAAAAAACAAUUAACGGAUCCAAUCCCGAUUUCCUGCGCCUUCUCAUUUCAACCUUCCCUUCACUGCGACGCGCACUGCCCUAGCUUUCAUUUACGCCCUCGCCGACAUCAAGCCACCGCCCCUCCCGCUCUCACGCCUCCAUCCCAAGCCCCGAUCGCCGUGCACCGCUCCGGCCUCCCUCCACUUAUCUCAUUGUCUCUCGUCUUUCCGCUUCCCCGCCGCCGUCGACCUCGCCCUCGCCGAAGCACUUGAGAUGUUGGAAUGUUUGGGCAUGAGUUACGGCAUGCUGUUAUGAUGAUAAAAGUUGGCUGGCUUGAACUCUGUGCCAUCCAAUCUACAGGUAGCAGAUGGAGCUAAGUACAAUAAAAGAUGCAUUUGACCGAGUUGCUAAGAAGCAAAAGCUUUCAUGCUCUAAAACUCUAGAAGUUAUUGACCUGGUUGGGCAAGAGAUAGAGCAGGCAAUGGCAAAGAUGCAGUCAACUGAUAAUGGGGCAGGCUGCUUCGACCAGAAAUCCAUUCUUUUGGAGCUCAAAACCAAGCUGAAUGAAAUGGUCCCAAUGAAUCAACUUGAAGGAUCUCAGAGGGAGCUAAAUGUUGGGCUUGUCAAGUAUGCAAAGAUUCUUGAGAAGUACUUCAAUCCAGACAUAUCCAAGGCAUAUCGGAAUAUUGACUUUGACAUCCAUAUAGUAAAUCAAAUCAUUGCGAGUCACUUCUAUCGCCAAGGCCUGUUUGAUCUUGGUGACUGCUUUGUAAGAGAGGCCAAUGAGCAAGAUGCUGCUACUCUGAAAUCUCCAUUCCUGGAGAUGUAUGGUAUACUUGAAGCUAUGAGGUCCAGAAAUCUUGAACCCGCACUGAAUUGGGCUUCCAAGCAGAGCGAAAUGUUACGGCAGAAUGGGUCGACCCUCCAACUGAGGCUUCACCAACUGCAGUUCGUGGAAAUACUACAAAAAGGAAGUCGAAAUGAGGCUCUGAAAUAUGCAAGAACAUACCUGGCUCCAUUUGCUUCAGUGCACAAGGUUGAGAUUCAAAAGCUAAUGGCCUGUCUUCUGUGGGCAGGACGGCUUGACCGCUCUCCUUAUGCUGAGUUCUUGUCCCCCUCUCAUUGGGAAAGGUUGGCUGAGGAGCUCACCCAGCAGUUCUGCAGCCUUUUGGGUCAGUCCUAUGAGAGCCCACUUAGCGUGGCUAUAGCAGCAGGGAUCCAAGGGUUGCCAACUCUACUGAAGCUAGCAACCGUGAUGGCUGCAAAGCAGCAGGAGUGGCAGGCUAUGAAGCAGCUGCCAGUGCCUGUUGAUCUUGGGAGGGAGUUCCAGUUCCAUUCUAUUUUUGUGUGCCCGGUGCUGAGGGAGCAAGGAACUGAUGAGAACCCGCCGAUGCUGAUGCCUUGUGGACAUGUUCUGUCAAAGCAGUCGAUAGUGAAACUGUCAAAGAGCAGCACACGGCCAUUCAAAUGCCCCUAUUGCCCGCUGGAGGCAACGGUGGGUCAAUGCAGGCAGCUUCACUUCUAACAAUUUGUGGGUCAACGUGGCAAGGGUUGCCAAUGGAUGAUGCCCUCCUAAUGUUAGCUUAUGAUAUUUGAAAUCUAGGCUAUGGUAUGAAAGAUGGUAACAUGGUUCUUUCUGGAUAUAUCCUGCAUGUUUGAGAAUCUCCCGAUAUUUUGUUGAGAUUUUCCAGAGCUUUAUAUGGAACUUGGAUGUUAAUAUGUAAAUAUGGACAUCUUCAUGUUUCAAUUUUUUUAAUCAAUAUCUUGAAAGUUACUUUCCUUGUA